CCACCACUGUCACUAGACCAAGAAGCAGUCAACAGCCAUCUUCUCAGCUAGGCUCAUACAAAGAAGGCCAGAAAUUGAAUCAUUCUCUCCCCUUUUCUCUGCACUUUUCUCCAAAGGAGUAGCUUGAAAUGAGUCCUGGAGCCAGUGAAAAAAACCAAGACUAGCGUAUUACCCAAUGACAAUAGGGUUUGAGUGUAGGUGGAGUGAAAUUCUGUCUUUGAAAAAAUAGCCUGUUCUUCAUGGCUUAUUUGUGUCACUGUCUACUAUUACAGUUAAUUCCUGUUCUGCUUUUAUUGCCGCCUCAGUGUAAGCCUCAGGUAGAGUGUGCAGGAAGAUGGGCAUGGGAGAAGAAUGAGUUGUGUGAGUUUACAACAGACUACACUGAUUUCAGCAGGUACAAUAUGCCUGAAAAGAAUCUUGCCAGUCCCCUGUAAGCAGAGAGCUGCCUACAUGAAUUAGUCCAAAUCUCAGAGUAAUUCGGGUAGGAAGGCACCUCUGAGGGUCUGUGGUCCACCCCCUGACUCAGAGCAGGACCAGCCUAGGUGAGGUUGCUCAAGAGCAGGACUUUGUAUUUACCUUUGUUGAGUUUCAUGAGGUUUCUGUCAGGCCAUUUCUCCAGCCUGUUGAGGGGGGCCCUCUGAGCAGCAGCCCUGCCCAGUGUGGCAGCCAUGCCUACAACUUGGUGCCAUUUGCAAACUUGCUGAGGGUGUGUUCUGUCUUCAGGUUGUAAAUAGAGGCAUUAAACAGUACUAGCCCCAUUAAUGACCCCCUGAGGAAUGCCAUGAGUAACAGGCUGCCAGUUGGACUUUGUGCUGUUGAUCACAACCCUCUGAGCGUGGUGUCCCGCCAGUUUUCCGUGCAGCUAUCUGAACUGUAUCAAAAUGAUUUGGCUAUAUGGAUUCUUCAGACAGUUGUGCCAAAAGCUGUUUAAAAUCAAGGUAAGCUACCCACUGCACUCCCCCCAUCCACCAAGCCAGGCAUCUCUUCGUAGAAGGUUAUUAGGUUUGUCAGGCGCAAUUAACCCUUGGAAUUUACCCAUCCAUGCUGGCCAUGCCCUGUCACUUUCUUGUCUGUCAUGUUUCUGGAUAUGAUGGUUUGGGGUUUUUUUCCCCAUCAAGCCUUGUCUCCUGGGACUUGAGCACUCCCAGUGCCAAGUCAUACUGAUGAGACACUUCUGUUUCCUAAAGUUGUGUCCAAAACAAAAAAAAGAAACAAGCACUAGUUAGGUAGAGGUGGAAAUCCCUCCCCAAACUGCUGACCCCUUCUUUGUGUGGUUUUCUUCCUCCUGAGUUCUCAAGUGCUGCAUGAGGAAAGUGAGUGUCACCUCUCUUCAUCACCUUGGUGCUUUUUUUCUCCUUUUAUACAGGGACUUGUCAUAUCUUGUAGGAGAACUGGGAAGGCGGGUUAGGUUUGUGUAUAAGACAAGGGCACUGUCCUCUAGUCCACAGUGCCUUUGUGCACCUCAUCUCCACUCCAGCUCCUGGGAUCAGUAUUGCCUUUGGCAGGCUCUCGGCACUUCUGGCAUCAGACUCGUUGGAAACAGGAACCUGGUAUAACAAUCAGGUCUUUCUUGCGAAGUUUUGUUUUUAAACCGUUUAAACUGUCAUGGUAACUUCCACAAAAUAACAACCCACGCUUUUGGUGAACCUUUUGCAAUGAACCUACUCAGGGCCAUGCUCUGCUCAGACUCAAAGGUUAUUUUAGGUUUGUGUUGGGGAUUCUCUGUCGCUAUAGGUUUCCCUUAUACUGCGUGCUGACUUGGUACUCUCCUGCAGCACAAACUUAUUUUAAUCCAGGCUGACUGUGUGAUUUACUACUUGGUAGAAAAACCUCGUGUGUUUCAGCCUGUACCCACAGAACUGCGAUACAUGCUGGUGAUUUUUUUCCAGGUUUUUAGAUCCACAAAGAAAUUGAAUCCCAGAGCACAAACUGGCCAUUACCUGUGCUGGUGGCUGCUUCAGCUGGGGAGGGGAAAUUGGUGGGUAGCAGAGAGUGGAAGUAGCUGCCAGUCCGUGCUCUCCUGGCCUGCCUUCUGCACAAAGAUGUGAUAAGAGGAGAGACUUCAGAAAACAUCACUUUAGUAGCGAACAUCUUGGUCUGUUUCCAUUCUCGGAGAUGAGAAUGGUUUCGCUCCAGUGCCAGAAAUUACACAGAUUCCUGUUGUAUGUGUAAACUUCCGCAGAACCUGAAGCAGGAGCUGGCUGCAGCUGCCUGCAGGAUGCUCUCUUUCUGCCUGGUCCAGGGCCAGAGCAUGUCUGGGUUCUCCUCUGGGGUUCCUGCUCGGAGGAGCUCACUCUUUUCUACUCGUCCAGAUGCUGUUGUAUCAGAUGGUGCUACCUUGCGGCACAACUACAAAGUGAAGUACAGCUGGACUGUGUAAGAGAAUUGGGUUUUCUAAAUUUUUUUUUUUUUAUGGUGCCUCUGUGCGUAGCCCUGUGUAAGUGAUCCCAGCCGAGAUGCUGUGCAGCGUGCGCUGCUGUGGGUGCACACUAGAGGGUAGUGCACCCCGGCUCCCUGCCUCCUGCCCCUAACAGGCUGCUGCUUGAAAUCCCUCCCCGUUCGGCACGGCACAGAGCGCUAGAAUCACUCCCUAUUUACACUUGCGUCACAGUUUGUCUUUACAACAGGAGUGUGAUACCUGUGAUAUGAAAAAAUGGGUAUUCUCUCUAAACCUGCCGUGCCUGACUGGGGAGUGAAUUUUUACAAUUAAUUCUAAUUAGCUUGAGCAAUCUGAUCCUCUCUGUGGUUUUCCUAAGAGAUCAGAGUAACUAAUAGCCCAGAGAGGUUUUUCAGGCUUUUUGGAUGGUUAACAUUUAACUGAAAUUUUAUGUUGAGCUUUGAAACAAAUAAUUUGGAUUGAGCUAUGUCAGAAGAUUGAUAGAGCACUGAAACUGCAAUAGUUGAUGGAAACAGGCAGUUACUGAGGCCUGUGCUAGCAGAGGAACAAAGUCUUAUAUAAAAUUUGUGGAAAAGACAAUUACUGUAGUGAAAUAUUUACUGCCAAACUACCUGACACCCAAAGCAUGCCUAGCAUCAUUUCAAAACACAGCCAGAUUCCACUUGAUAUAUUGAUUUGAUGUAGGAUAGCUCUUUGUGGACCAAGAUAAAAGGAGACCAAACAAAUCACCUUGGCCAGAAAGAAUAUGAAGACCCCCUGGAUACCCCUCAGCAAAUGUGAGUCCUCUCUAUUUUGCUGGGAACUAUUUGGUUUUUAGGUGAUUCUUGGCCUUCUCUCUAUGCAACAGUGUAAAGGAAACCUGCCAUAGGUUUAACUUCAAAGGUAAAUGAAUUAGUUAAUGUGCAUGUGCAGUGCUGAUUAGAAUGCUUCCUGCUGAAAGCAGGGGCAUGUUUGGUUCAGGAGCCUGGUUUCAGUUCACCCUGCUGGUCUGGGUAUCUGCUCUGUUGGGAGUGUGAUGCUGGAGACUUUCUUGGUGUAUGAGAAUAUCAGUUCCCAAAGGAAGGUGAUGGGUUGGGCUGAAAUUCCAGCUCCAGGAUAUUGGGGAUUUAUUAUCUUGACUCUCUUGCAAGCACUUUAAGAAAGGAAAUGGCUGAAAUCCAGAGGAAAUAAUUUUUUCCCAGUUUCUGUGCAUUUAACUGCAAUCCAAAGCAGUGGAAUUUCUUAACCAACAGGGCAAAGGAAGGUAUUAGUCCAACCUCAGAAAUGGCUAUGGCUUAGGCGUUGAAUCAGAAGAGAGACCAGGUAUGAGGGAUAGCUUAGAGGUUUCUCCCCCAAACCAAAAGAGGAUUCCAGCAGUGAGUUCCGCGUGGGGAGGAAGAGUGCAGGAUGUAUUCUGCCAAGACCUGUUUGAUUCCUGUGCUGACCUGAAGUGGCUGGGUUUGGGAAGACGCAUCGCCUUCACAUCUACCCUGUCUUCUUGCAGAGGUGCAUGCAAAAGUUGGGUUGUCCUGAACUUCACCCUGUGGUCCCUGUGUGUCUGGCUCUGGAGCACAGGUCCCAGCAGACCAGCUCUGCCUGCUGGAGUCUGCUCUGCUGGGAGGGGUGAACUGGUCACUGCUGCCAGCUCUCUCACCGCUUCUUAGGCGAUGCGGCUCUGCCUUGCUGGUGGACCGGCCAGUUCAUUGCAGAUGGAGAGCUGUCAGCAGUUGCCAGGGACCAGCUUUCACCUUUCAAUGCUGGGCAGGCCUUGGCAUAGCCCUGCACAGAGAAAAUGAUGCUUUACAGUCAUCUCCCAUGCCUUAAACUCGACUAGAACGCUUGGGCCCUUCAUGUUUUUAACCUGAAAUGCUAGAAGCAAAUAUCAAUCCCCUCUUGUUCUUCUACUUUCAUGUCUCAGCCUGCUGUGCUGCCUCAAGUAAAGCUCGAUUUUUGGCCAAAGCAAGGAGCAGGGCAUCAGGCUUACAAGUGACUGUCCCUUCUGCCCUUCCUUCCUUCAGGGACCUUAAUAAUUUCAGCAGGCACAGGACUGCAGAGAAGCAUCCAUGGUGUUUUCAUAUGAUGUGUCCUUUGCUGUCUCCUCUGCUGUACCUGUUCAUCACCGGACAAUGGAAGGAGGACUGCUGGGGUGGCUUCCCUGGGAAGGGACAGAGGCAGUCAGUCCUAGAGAAAACAGCCUUCCUGAUCUUUAUCCUUACUACUGGAAUGCCUGGAGACCCACCAAAUUGUUCUUGCUAUGAUUUCAAAGCUCAGCUACUGGGGCAAUGUGCGGUGGAAGGAGGUAGAUGUAUCUGAUGAGACUUCUGCUGUGGAGAAGUGCAAAACUGUAUGGUAGGUACUAGUUCCCAAUGUGAACCUUCAUCUGGUGUGAGUGGGAGAUCAAACCAGGGUAUGAUGUGACCAUCACCCUGGUUGUCCUGUUGGGAGUCCUGACCAUCCUGGCUUUGUCUGUGGUUCAGCAAGUCUGUUCCUGCUUCCCUGGAGGUCCCUGAGGCUGGGAUGACACCUCUGUUUGGUUUACUGCUCUUUUUGGGGGAAGGGCAUGUCCUUUCACUUGGCAGAUGCACAGCCUAUCACUGACUAACACUAGUUUGCUGACCUGGUGCAUCAGUUCAGAUGUGUUGUGAGAUGUGCCUGACCUUGAAAAAUCUCCUACAGCUCACCGGGGGUGUUGCUCAGUGGAUUUCUCCAGGAGGAAAGAAAAGAGGAGCAGUGGGACACCAGCACGCCCCUUGCCUGCAGAGCCACACCACAACCUAGCACUUGGAAAGAAGACACUGGCAUGGUUCUUGCUGAUGCUGUUUCAGUGCCUUGGUGACAUCUACCCAGGUCCCGCUUGGCUGGAACAUGCUCAAAAACAACAUGAGCAUUUUACCUUACAAAAUAAAAAGGUAUUUUCAUACUUACCUACUACUUAGGCGCCUGAUUUCCCACUGAUAUCCAUCCAAUUUAAGCAUUUAAACCUUGACCUUUUGACAUGGGACCAUGUGUAUCCACCCAGUGCCUUUAGGAGAAGUCUCAAAGAUUCAGACAUUUUCUCUUUCAUGCCUCCUUUGCUCUGAAGCAGUGGGAGGACAACAAGGAAACUGGGGAGCUUGGCAGGUAGAGUAUAGCUGCUCUUACGACAGUAUUCAGAAGUCUGUCUUGUGAAGAACCAUUUGGUUGUGCUGUGGCCUCAGUAGGAUCAUUAGGGGUGCAGUGAGAAACUUCAUUGCACCAAUUUCCACCCAUAAGAGGAAGUCUCUUGUUCAAAAAAUGGGCUGGAUUCUGACAGCCUGCAACUCCUGCACUUCUCUGGAUGAAACCUAAAUUGGUGGGAAAAAAUAGCCAUGAAAUCAUCCUCCUGGAGAGCACAGGUUGCCAACUUCUGGUUUCCAACCCAUUGACACUACUUCCCAAAUAGUCCCACAAAAGCCACAGCUGGGGGUCUGUUAGGCUGUGACUUAAAGCAUAAUAAGAGGUGGGGACCCAGCAAUUGGAAGGCAUUGUCAUGCAUCUUCACAAGUCUGAACACUCAAAAGCAUCUGCUUGUUGGCAGAACACCCUGUUCUCCUUAGUGCUGCGGGCAGUGGCUCCAUUGGAAAAGUGGUCGGGAACAAUGGGUUGUGAUGCAGAUGGCUGGAGGGAAGAUGGACAUUUAAAAGGAGUGUCUCACAAAGUCUGGAGCAGAUGCUGCACAGCAGAAAACUGAAUUAUCACUCUCCAAGAUAUUUUUCUGAUGGCAUUGCUAUAUGGUUCAGGCUUUACAGUCACCUUUAGGUUAAUCCUGAUGAGUUGUGGGUGGUGGGAGUCUUGGUAUGCGACUUUCCCUGUAAGUGAGGAUCCCCUUAUCCAGCUUCCCUCAAGAUGAAUGUCUUGCUUUGACUUUAGAAGAGUUGUAUCUAGCCCAGAAAAUGGAAGUGACAUGAAAAAUCUUGUUUAUUCCUUUUUCAGAAUAGUUCAGCCAUUUAACGAUGGAGAUCAACAGAUUUUGCCUGUAGGUAUAUAUAAAGCAGUAAGAAGUCUGUCCUGGCAUACAAAUGCCAUUAUUAAUCCAGCUGUCUUUCUGGAGAGAUGUCUUGAUGGAGCAGCUUUUCAGGAGGACCCAACUAGCUGGACUGAGUGCCUUGGACAAUGGAGCUUGGCCUCAUUUCCACCCUGGUUUAACAAAGAAAUUGCAAACCUGCACAUGCUGCUGCUUCCACUGCUUCAGAAUGAGAUUUUAUCAAGAUGUCUGAAAACAGCGGGAGAGAGAAACGAUGUAUCUGAGGAGCGAUGGCUCUUAAUUAAAACCAUUUGCAGAACAAUGGACAACUUGAGAAGCAGAUCAAGGCUCUGGUCUGCAGGUAAGGUCUGUUUAAGCACUCAGGUGCCUACGUUACGCUAUAGUCUUGUAUACACAUUUUAUUGGCAUAUCUGUCUUGUACUGAUGACUACCAAAGUGUGCAACAGCCCAGUUGUUAGUUGCUGCAAACCCUUAGGAGUCCCCAGUGAGUUUGCUAACUGCUUCUUGACUCUACUGAGAGUAUUUGCACAAAUUGAAGGACCCAUGCAGGCGCUUCUGCUCCCAUCAAACCUCUCCAGGACAAUGCCAAGGCUGUGCCCUUGGGCUGAAUUUAUGCACCAGUGCAGGCUGGGGGGCAGAGGGGAAAUAUCCACAGCUUCAUGGGGGGGUGUUGGGGUGCCCCGCUGCUGGGGGGGGAGGUCCUGUACCCCCAUACCCCACAGCUGCCAGAGGGGCCCCUCAGCACCACGGCUAGCUCCUGCCCUCCCAACUUGGGCUUUAAUCACUCUAAAAUCAGCCUUUCCAGUUCCUUUUUUGGAAUCACUUGUCAAAGAACUUGCUGCUUGUGACUAG